CAAACCCAGGCAGAGACGAGGAAGUUACACAGCAGACCAACCAACGUAGCGUAACGUAGUUUUAACGUUAAAUGCUACAGUUGACGCUUAGUUAGCUUUUCAAAAUUUAGCUUCCAAGCUAUGUACAGUAUCAUACAGUCAACUGACGCUAGGUUGUUAGCUGUGGAAAAAGUGGCUGGAGGCUCGCUAAGAUGAUCAGGGCUGGCGGUGUUUUGAAGUUAGUAGCGCUCAUCUUUGCAUUCCUCCUAGCCGUCUUUCUGGCAUUUCAACUGCUACAGAUUAACUUGGAUUUUAACCUGGGCAGUGUGAUAUCAAGAUCCAUGCCAGUGAAUGAUGGCUUAACAAAGCCAGUCAGGUACAAGUGUGGGCUGUCCAAGUCAUGUCCACUUAGACACUUCGCCUUCAAGAUGGCGAGUGGAGCGGCCAGUGUGGUGGGGCCCAGAAUCUGCCUUGAGGACAAAUUACUAAUGAGCGGUGUGAAGAACAACGUGGGGAGAGGAAUCAACAUUGCCCUGGUUAAUGGGAAAACAGGGGAAGUUAUCAAGACAGACUUUUUUGAUAUGUGGGCAGGAGAUGUGGCUCCUUUAAUUAAAUUCCUGAAGGAAAUUGAUGACGGGACAGUCGUGAUGAUGGCCUCAUUUGAUGAUCCCGCAACAAAACUCAAUGAUGAAGCCAGGAAGCUAAUUGCUGAUCUGGGCAGCUCAGCUAUCAGUAAUUUGGGCUUCCGAGAUAACUGGAUCUUUGUAGGAGGGAAAGGCAUCAAGACCAAGAGUCCAUUUGAACAGCAUAUAAAGAACAGCGCAGACACCAACAAAUUCGAGGGCUGGCCCGAGGUGUUGGAGAUGGAAGGCUGCGUGCCUCAGAGGCAGGACUGAUCUGAGCUCUUGUAAUCAUCGACCACCCAUUUCUUGUCUCGCAUGUCCACCAUGUCCUCCUGACAUUCCCGUCCUCAAGACUUUUUAGUGGUUACUCUUCUUUUGGCUGAGAAAGGUCAUUUUACAGCUCUCAAGCCCAAGCCUUUUAUUCAAAUUUACAUUCCAGAACAAAACAACAUCUCACCAGAUGAUAUUAGCAGGAAAGAGGAACUGGCAUGCACCUUCAGUCCCUCCCUCUGAUUGGAUAACGUUACAUAGAUGCUUAUUGGGGCUUGUAAUUACAAAUAGUAGGUAGAGUACACUGAUUAUAAGGGACUUCCUUUGAUUAUUGGCUUAUUUUGCUUUCUAUCUGUAAGGCCCACACACUUAGUUGUGAUAGUGUUGCAUUAUUGCACUGUUGUUGAUGGAAAUUGAUGUCAUAGCCCAGAUUUUUGGGGGGCUAAAUUUCCAUUACCUGUUUCCUGCCUUAAUCUCAUUAACCUAUUCAUGUUUUUUGACUUUUCUUAUCACUUUGUGAUUCAUUUUGUUCCUUUCGGAGUUCCGUUUAUUUUGAGAAAAUUAUUAUUAACAGGGUUUGAAGACAUUUCUUUCCAUAUUAUAACCAAAUAUACCAAAUUCACUGUGAAAUUUGUAAAUAUUUCUUCAGAGUAGGGUCCAUAUUUGAAAGAUCCUAAUUUAAUGAACAUUGUAAUAAUAAUAUAAUUUCUUAAAAUAAAUUAUAUUGUUAGUAA